AUGAAUAUUUUUAUAUUAAUCAUUAGCGUGUUGUUAUUUAUUCAAUUAUCAGAAUGUACAUUGUCACCACCUAAAGAUAGAAAUACCAAGAAAAAUAAAGGAAAAGUUGAAACCAAGGAAAGUCCUAUAGAACAAGACGUUUUUAGUAGACUUUUAGUAGUAAAGAAUCCUAAGACACAUGAUAUUAUUCGAAAAUCGGGUUAUUAUUUUUCUAAUACAACUCGUCGACGAUUCAGUGGAGAGGUUUUGGGAUAUAUUACACCUUGGAAUAACAAUGGACUUGAAGUUUCCAAAAUAUUUCAUGGGAAAUUCACAAUGUUAUCGCCAGUGUGGUUGGCAUUUUCAGAAGGCAAUGCAUCAACAUAUAAAUUGUCAACUUAUGAUGUUCAAAAAAAGUGGUUGAAAGAAAUUAAAGCAGCAAAUAAUAGGAGCCACUAUGUAAAAAUUUUACCAAGAGUAUUGUUUGAAAACUGGUCAGCUAAUGAUAUUAUUGAAUUAUACAGUGAUACGAAAAGACAACUUAGCCUGAUUUCUGCACUUACAGAUACAGCAAAGAAUUUCCAUUUUGAUGGAUAUGUACUGGAAAUAUGGAACCAGUUUGUAUUAACGGGUGUAGAUGCACAGAUUGUUGUAACAGUGAUUCAAUUUAUUGCUCAUCAAUUGAAAAACAACAAUUUGGAUACAAUUUUAGCAGUGCCACCUUCAAGAGGCCCAUAUAAUCAAUUAUUUAACAGAGAUCAAUUUGAUCAAUUAUCACCGUAUUUAAAAGCAUUCUCUUUAAUGACUUAUGAUUAUUCAAGCAUUCAACGACCUGGACCUAAUAGUCCAAUUGAUUGGGUAAGGGAAUGUGUAGAAUUACUAGUACCUGAAGAGAGCCCGAAAAGGGCUCAAAUUCUGUUAGGUCUUAAUUUUUAUGGAUACAAUUAUACACCUGAAGGAGGGAAAGCCAUUUUAGGUUCAGAAUAUCUAAAAAUACUUGAGUCCUCUAAUGAGAAAAUUCAAUGGGAUGAUAACAGCAAAGAACACUUUUUCGUGGCAAAGUUAUCAGGGGGCAGUGGAAUUAUCUUUUAUCCCACAUUAUAUUCUAUUUUACAUCGACUGGAUCUUGCAGCAGAAUUGGGUACAGGUAUAUCAAUUUGGGAACUAGGUCAGGGAUUACAUUAUUUUUACGAUUUAUUGUAA